UCGAGUUUAUGUGGGGCGGGGGUUGAGUAGAAGGGAGGCGUUAUCCGGCCAGCUGAUGCUCAGGAUUCGCUGUGUGGGAGGGGCAAGGAUCGAGUCCAUUUAACCGGAGCAAGGAACAGCGGUUUGGGGUCGCCUGUCGGCAGGAGCGUGGAAGGCGUUGCUGUUGUCGAAUCCUGCCGCAAUCGGCGUGCCUCCCCGGCCAUGGCGGCCGUCGUGCUACGGGUGAAGCGGAAGCGCGGCGCCGAGGCUGCGGAGGCCCUGCUUCUGGCCUGUAAGCGACCCCGGGCUGGUGGUGAGCCCGCCCCGGGAGAGCACGUCGUGCGGACCCUCUUCAGGCUCGCAGCUACUGUCGGCUCCCAGGAUGACACUGUACAGAGGCAUUUCAAAGAAGCUAUCGCCAAGGACAAGGCACUGUUGGCUUUUCACCCCACUAAAACGAGUGCCCAGCGUGUCCAGCGCAGCGUGCGAGCCUCUUGUCAGGCGGCCAGCCAAGUGGGCCGCUACAAAGUCGUUGCCAGCCAUAGAAGAAAUAUUUUGAAAUCUCAUCUGGGCGAUGAGACUGAUCAUGAAUCUGGAACAGAAACCUUUGGAGGUCAGGUUGAAGAAAGAGAUAACCAGAAGAAAAGCAAUACAGCUUCUGGAAGAAGCCGAGGUAUCAAUGGGCCUUCAGAGGAAAUUGAAGUGUUUGACGUUGUCCAGCAUGAAGAGGACAGAACUGACUCAAAGCACAGACUUUGUGAGGAUUCUGGUCCAGGAGAGGAUGAGACACAGACAAUUCUGUGUAAUUCUGUUAAGAUGAUCCGGGAGAAACUUGCUGUGUCAGAGAGUGGACUUGGGGCAGAGCACCGAGAGAAUAUGGAGGAGUACGUUUAUGACAUAUAUUAUACUGAUGGCUGCAUUAACGGAGGUGGAAUCCAAGACAUUCUCUCAGUGGUACCAUAUUAUGAAGAGAAUGAACUGAUUAGUGAUGAGGUGACCGCGGAUGAAACAUAUGAGGAUGAAGAUGAUGAGAAUGAAGAAAAUAAUUGGCGGAAUGAUUAUCCUGAUGAGGAUGACUGGAAUCGAGAAGAGAAUACAGAUGGAGAAUAUGGCCACUUCUCCAGUGAAGAAGAGGAUUCAUUUAAAUUCUGACAUCAGUUCUCUCUCAAUGAAAAAUGGAUAUUGGAUCAAAAUUGGAGGGCAGUUUCUGUAAAUAUUACUUUUGGAUUCAUAAUAAAAAUCAAAAUUUGCUUGAAUUGAAGACUGUUUAAUAAAUUAGUAGUUAUUACAUGUACAUCAGCUGCAUUAUAGUAGAUUCAGAACAUUUUACAUUGAGCUGUAAGCAAUUUCAGAUGUUCAGCUCUUCAUUAUAAAUCAGAGAACACUUAGGUUUUUUAAACUAGUUACUGCUUUUUCUCGGCCUGAAACGUCGACUGCACCUCUUCCUAUAGAUGCUGCUUGGCCUGCUGCGUUCACCAGCAACUUUGAUGUAUGUUUCUUCUUUUAGAGAACUGUUUGAUCCAUUUGACGCAUGGACUUUGGGCAGUUACUUUCCAAGAAACAUUUUCCCAAUUAUACAACAUUGUUUUGAAAAUAAAGGUCCAUAAAGAGAUUCUUUAAAACAUGAAUUACUUCCUGCAUCUUAAAAGCUACCUCUGAAGGCAGGCACAAAUUUCACCCUUGCCUUCAGUGUACUAGCAAUGACUUUGCAUGGCUGAGGAAGAGAUUAUGACCUCAUCCAGUACAAGGCUCAUGAUCUGCAAGGCAGCAGUGAUCCCUGCUAUUUGUAUACCUCUGAUUAUUUCGAAGAGUAUCACCAACACUGCUUCCAGAUUCUUCGGCAGGAUAAGUGAGCUAUCAUGAGCAUUUGUUUCCAGAACAAUAUUCACAGCAUUGACAUCUUAGUUAUUUGUAUGUCCUGCAUAGAUUCGAUAGCAAGUGCUGUGACAGCAAGAAAUUACAAGGAAAACAUGUUCUUAAAGCCUCUUUCAAAAUAAAAAUGUAAUAACCCUACUGACCUAAGGGACAAUGGCUGGUGAAAUUGGAGGAAAAUUUGGGAUGUUAUUGACCAUUUCAUCCGUUCAUUGUAAGGCCUAAAUGAUUGAAGAAGCAUGAGCUCCCAGCUAUCAACAUGCUCACCCAACAAAUGUUUGUAGGCCUAAUAAUCUCCUUAGCAUUCAUAGAACUCGAGUUACAACAAAUCAUCCUAUGAAGUAAACUAUGGUUUGGGACACGUUACCAGAAAGGUGUGAUCAGAGUGAGAGGAUGUGUCCAGCAUAGGAGAACAAGAACUAUGAGGAAUUCUAUCCACUGGAUUUGAAGGGGAGUGAGACUUAAAUGAGAAAGUAGGAAGGACUCAUUUCUCUUAAAGGGGACAAAAACCAGAGGACAUAGAUUGGCAAAGGGUUAGAAUAAUAUUUUUCAUGCAUAGAGGUCUGGAACUCUGCCUGAAAAAGUGAUAAGAGGUGAAAUCUUCAUCGAGUUUACUUGGAUGGCUAAAAACAAAUGGCUGGAAGAUUUGUUUCCGGUUAGGUAGAUCUUUCUGGACUAGCAUUGACAGGUUGGACUAAAUGACCACCUGAUGGUAAAGUUCUCUAUUAUUUCUAAUCCAGGUGUAAGAAACAACUUCUCAGCAUCUACAUUGACAAUUUCUCUUGGACAAUCAGAUUUUUAAUGAGGUUUAUCUUGGAAAGUAUUUAUUGCACAAUUUAAUAAAGUUAGUCAAUCAAGGUAUAUUUAGAAACAUGUCUGUACUUCUGAUUUAGCUGGAAAACCCAAAGAAUAAAUAUGGAAUUUUCAUUUUGUUUGCUUCUCUAUUACAGAAGAAAACAGUUUUAGAAAGAAAUGCAGACACAAUUCUAAAAUUAAUAUGCAACAAAAAGAGCAUUACAAAUAUUCCUUGCUAAA